UCCGUGUUUAUUUUGUUGUUUUGAAUUCUCCAUCCAUGAGAAUUAGAACAUCAUAUUCUUAAUCACACCUCCUCCAUAGUAAUAAAAUUAAUUAAAAUGAGUACUUUACCGUCUUUAAUUUCCUUAUUCAUCCUCAUCUCAACAACUAAAAGCGACAAGUUCACACAUGAAACAACAUCAUGCGAAACCUUUGGUCUUCCAAUUCGAUUCCCCUUUUCAUUAAACCAAUUAAAUCAAACCAAUAUUCUAUAUAGUUACCCAGGCUUCGAACUCUCGUGUAGCAAUAGAACCACCACCACCUUCAGCGAACCAUUACUCACUCUCCCAAAAUCCGUUGACUUUGUUGUUAAACGCAUCUCUUAUGUUGACCAAACAAUUUGGGUCAACGAUCCCGAAAAAUGUCUCCCAAAACGUUUCAUGUUUGAUCAUAAUAAUAGUUUUAUGUUAAACCUUAAAGACUCACCCUUUCGAUUGAGUGAUUAUUAUACUUUUGUUAAUUUCACAUUCCUAAAUUGUCCUUCAAAUUCAAUUGUAUCAUCUAUAGUACCUCCCAUAAGUUGUUUAAAUUAUGACAACAACGUUAAUAAUUCGGUUGUGGCUAUGAUGUCGGAUCCUCCUUUUGGUACACCGUGGAGAUCUUCGUGUGAAUAUAUUUCGUCAGCUUAUAUACCGGUGAAAGAUACGAAUUGGUUGUUUUGGAGUGAUUAUGAUUCUAAUAUACCGUUGCAGUGGGAUAAUCCUGAUUGUAGAAAUUGUGAAGCACGUGGAGGACGAUGUGGAUUUCUUGCUGACUAUUCUUUUCGUAUUUCUUGUUUCGAUCUUCCCACCCAAGGUCUUUCAAGGAAAGUAAAGUAUGGUUUAAGUAUGGGUCUAGUUAUACCUGGAGUCCUAGGUAUCCUUGUGCUUACAUGGAUGCUAUGCAACAAGAAAAAUAGAGGUGAUGAAGUACAACGUCAAACAGGCACUGAAUUUUCAACCUUUACUAUGCCGCACCCCCCAAUUCUUGUUAUGGGCCUUGAUGGGCCAACGAUAGAGAGAUAUCCCAAAACCCAACUUGGUGAAAGUGGAAGAUUGCCAAGGCCCAAUGACAAUAUUUGCUCUAUAUGUCUUUGUGAAUAUCAACCCAAUGAGGUAUUGAGGACCAUCCCUGAGUGUAAUCACUAUUUUCAUGCAAAUUGUAUAGAUGGAUGGCUCAAGACAAAUGCUACUUGCCCUUUGUGUAGAAAUUUACCAGAGAGAUCUACUUCUUUUCCUUCGGUUUUGCCUCUAUCUCCAACUUCUUAAUAAUUGUCAUUGUAAUUAUUAAUACUCACAAUCAACUAUGUUCGAUAUACAUUAAACCAAUUACAUCAACUUUAUUAACUUAAAUAUCUUUUAUAUUUA